ACGUUGCAGAUCACUUUGACAUUCGCCAACAGCUCCUCAUUCUGGAUUCCUAAAUGUUUCGCUCCGCCACCCAGCUUGCAACAUCCUCUCGCCAAGUUGCCAAGGUCUCUUCCCAGCGUGGCUUCGCUGCGUCCGCAUUGAAGGUGGACAACCCAUACACGGGUGAAACCUUCUGCGAGGUUGCCUACGACUCCAAGGCUGAGGCGCACGCCAAGCUCGAUGCAGCCGUGAAGGCGCAGCUGGACUGGAAGAAUGUGCCGCUGAGCGAGCGCCAGGCACUGUGUACCAAGUGGAUUGACGCGCUCAAGAGCAGCACCGAGUCCAUCGCUUACGAAAUCUCUGGCAUGAUGGGAAAGCCCGUGCAGCAGGCACGCAACGAGGUCAACGGAACCAUCGACCGUGUCAAGGCUCUUAUCUACCUCUCGAACAAGGCGCUCCGAGCGGACUCGUUCCCGGAGGAGAACGGAUUGUUCCGUCAGAUCACGCACGACCCUGUUGGCGUCGUCUACGUCAUUGCCCCGUGGAACUACCCGCUCAUGACGGCUGUCAACUCAAUCAUCCCCGCUGUUCUAGCUGGCAAUUCGGUGUUACUGAAGCACUCGCCUCGUACUCCUCUGUGUGGAGAGCACUACCAAAAGACAUUUGAGCAAGCGGGUUUCCCGAAGAACGUGCUUCAGUCGUCGCUUGUUGAGCACGACACGGCUUCGGAGAUCAUCCAGCGCCCAGAGACCGCGUUCGUAUCGUUUACGGGCUCUGUGCGAGGCGGCCGUCAAGUUCAGCAGGUAGCAUCCCAGCGUUCGAUCGACGUGACAUUGGAGCUGGGCGGAAAUGACGCUGGAUACGUGACUGCCGAUGCAGACGCUGAAACUGCAGCAGAAGGUCUUGUGGAUGGCGUUUGCUACAACGCCGGCCAGUCGUGCUGUGGCGUGGAGCGGAUCUACGUCCACGAGUCCAAGUACGACCAAUUCUUGGAGAAGGCGAAGAGUUUGUUCGAGGCGUACAAUCUUGGUAACCCGACGGACGCGAAGACGUCGAUGGGUCCGAUGGCGCUUCCUACUGCACCGGAAAUGCUCGAUGUUCAUGUGAAGGACGCAGUGGCAAAGGGUGCUCUCCAGUUGACGGGUAGCGGAAUUGUUACUGAUGCUGCUGGAAAGGGUCGCUUCUACUCUCCUACCCUUCUAGCGAACUGCAACGGCUCCAUGGACAUCAUGACGGAGGAAUCCUUCGGACCGAUUGUCGGUGUUGAACGCGUUUCAUCGGAUGCUGAGGCCAUCAAGAAAAUCAACGACAGCAAGUACGGAUUGACGGCGUCAGUGUUCACAUCAGACCGCGAACACGCCAUGGCUCUGGGCUCGCAGAUCAGCGCUGGUACAGUGUACAUGAACCGAUGCGACGUGCUGGACCCCUACCUCCCCUGGACUGGCAACCGCGACUCUGGCAAGGGCAUCAGCCUGUCCAAGCACGGAUUCCGUGGCGUCACGAAACUCAAAUCGUGGAACUUCCGUGUUUAAAGGGAAUCCGCCUACCGAAUGCUGCUUUUACAUGGAGAAGGAUACUGAUAACACUGUUACCAACACGUAGCAACGUGAUGAAACCAAUCGACUUGCUGUUUGCUUGGAUUCGGCUCAAACAGCAACAAGUCACAUCGUUAUUUUAGAUUUCGUACUGAAGGACCGUGUCUCGUCGACUAAUGUAACGCGGGCUACAUGUUUUGUGUGUUAGAAAAUGAUUUCUCUACUGUCGUUCUCAAACCUA